GACUUGGUUGAGCGAUUCUGAUUGCUAAUGCAUGCUACAGAGGCUUUUGACCUCUGAACUUGGGGAAGAGAGAUGAGCCAAUUCCCAUCCCCGUCCCCGGUUUCGAACCGGGAAACUGCACCAUGGCUUUAGCGAAUACGGAACCUAUCCAUAGAAAGUGAACUUUGAGUUAAUCUGAACGUCCGCAUUCAUCAUCUCUCAGAGAGACCCCGGAGAGCCCGCUGUAUAAGCAAGCUCGUAUCAAUCUUUCUUUGACUUUCUGUUGCUAAUACUCGACAGGGUCUCAUGCAGUGAUCGUAUUUGUAAUGCCCCCUCACCAACCACCGCAAUGAUGAGAUAAAUACCGGUCAGAUCUCGCAAUCGAGCCCGCCGGUUUGAUACAUCAGUUUAUCAGACAAACCAGACCCACUUUGAAUUGAUUCCCCAAAGUCAACACCAUGACCACCACCGCAGCCCCAGUCGUCCUCAUUCUCGGUGCCGGCCGCAACAUCGGCCAGCACACAGCCCAGCACUUCGCAGCGAAGGGCUACCGAGUCGCCCUCACGGCUCGAAACGUCAACCCCGAUGACAGUACUGAAACCCAGCUCCAUAUCCAAUGUGACCUUGCCGACCCCCAGGCCGUCCAUGACGUCUUCUCGCGCGUGAAGACCACCCUGGGGGUUCCGAGCGUGGUCAUCUACAAUGCCUACGGCUUGACCCCAACGGACGCCGACGACGUUUUCAAGAUCACCACCGAGCAAUUUACCCGUGAUCUGAACGUCAACACCACCAGUGUUUUUGUCGCCGCCAAGCUGGCUGUCGAGGGAUUCGAGACCCUGCCUACCUCCGCAGCACGGACGUUCCUGUACACGGGGAACGCACUGAACACGGUUGCCGUGCCUCCGCUCUUCACGUUGGGGGUAGGGAAGACGGCCACUGCGCAUAUGAUCGAGUGUGCGGCGAUCGCGUACCGGGAGAAGGGAUACAAGUUCUACUUCGUCGACGAGCGGAGAGCGGACGGGUCAUCUUCAGGCGACAUCGACGGCGCGGCACACGCGCAGCUCUUCGCGGAGCUGGCCGAGAACAAGGAGCAACAACCGUGGCAGCAGACCUUCGUCAAGGGCGAGGGGCACAAGGUGUUUGGAAAAGGGUUUCUGGGCAACUAACUGACUUGGCUGUCUAUCAGUUCCAUUCGUAGUACCAUUCUAUCUCGUCCCAUAAUCUAUAUAAAGACUGAUCAUAAUGCAAUCACACUCAUCC